AAGCAACCUUGACAUCCUCCUCACAAACUCUACCCGCAGAUCCAUUGCACUCAAGUAUUUUCUAGCAAAGCCAGUCAAGUCCAAUAUUCAAUAUCAGCCAAGAUGAUGAAGGUAUCCGCAAUUACUGCACGAAGAAACCAAGGAGGCGAGACCAACAAGGCAUGCGCCAUGGGAACUCCACCCCAGUUUGUCUGCCCUAUCACAAUGGAACCCAUGAGAUACCCCAUGAGGGCUCCUGGUGGUUGCUGCUUUGAACGUGCCGCCAUUCUGGAAUGGCUCUACUUUGGCAGCAACGCGUGUCAUCCCCUAACCCGCCAGCCACUGCACCCAGACCAACUGGAGGCAGAUGGCGAGCUCAGGCAAGCCAUUGAAACAUGGAGGCGACAGCACGGGGUUCCUUGUGACACAGAGGAAGAAGAAGAGGACGACGACGACGAGUUCUUCAGCGACUCGUCGGCUCUAUCCUAUCACGUGGAAGAAGCCAACCACACCAGGAGCGGAUGCACCAGAACUACCAGUGGCCCAGCAGCUCCGAAAGGUGGCAGUGGUUACGCGGAUGGCGUCAUGUCUUCACGGCUUUUGAAAAUCCGCAACCGCAUCUUGCAAUCCAAAGCAUCCCGGUUCCAGGAACGAGAGGAAGAAUCGGAAGGAAUGGCACAGGUGCAAUCGACCUUCAGGGCCAUGGCCGCAUAGCCAAACUCUGGCUACCAAAUGGUAUGUCAGGGCCCACCUCUUCUGGGCAAGAAUGCAUGUUGUGCAGGCCCGAAAUAAAUUGUUUCGAAAGGUCGUUUGUUCGAACAUUGGGCUCCGGCCUGAACUCCCUUAAUUUCACCUUAUUUAGACACAUGUUGCAUGCUCA